AUGUCGAGGGGUCGGAAGUGCUUUUGUGGUCUUCUAGUUGCUGUUAGGACCUCAUGGACACAUAAGAAUCUAGGGAGGAGGUUCAAGGCUUACAAAUUCUACAAAUUUGGGACUAGACACACAGGUUGCAACUACUUUGAAUGGGUAGAUGAAGAAAUCUUGGAUUGGCAAAGGGAUGUUACUAAUGUGCUUAUUGCUGAAAAGCACAGACUUGCCACUGAUUUGAGAUUGGUGCAAGCUAAAUUGGAAUGUACUGAAAAUUUGAAGAGAAGUCUUUCUCAACAACUUGACAACAUUGAGAAGAAGAAGUGGAAGCAGAAUGAGUUCAUAGCAAGACAGCAAAAUGAGCAAAUUAGUGUAGUUGUUGCUGCUUGUAUUGUUGUUUCUGUUGUAGUUAGUGUAGUUGUUGUUAAGUUGAUUGGUUAG